AUGGGUGUGCUGGGAUGGAUAGGUAUUUCCACAUUUUUUUUUUAUCAUUUUCUCUACUCUUUUUUUCUUUCAAUUCUUUCUCCUUACACUUUUUCUUUCUUCCUUUCUUUCCCACUACUCUCUCUAUCUUUCGCUCUUCUCUUUCAUUCUUUCUUUCUUUUUUUCUUUUCACUCUUUCUUCUUAUUCUUUCUGUCUGCUUUUUCUUUCUUUCACCCUACUUUUUCUUUCUUUAUUUGUUUCUCCUUAUUCUUUUUCUACUCUUUCUUUCUUUCUACUCUUUCUCCUUACUGUUUCUUUCGACUCUUUCUUUCUUUUUUCUUUCUUUCUCCCUACUCAUUGAUUCUUUCUUAUUUUCUUCCCACACCUUCUUUCUCACUACAAUUUCUUUCUUUCUUUCUUUCUUUCUUUCUUUCUUUCUUUCUUUCUUUCUACUCUUUAUCAUUACUCUUUCUUUCUACUCUUUCUUUCUUUCAUUCUUUCUUUCUUCUCUUUCUUUCUUUCUCCUUACUCUUUCUUUCCUCUUUAUCAUUACUCUUUCUUUCUACUCUUUCUUUCUUUCAUUCUUUCUUUCUUCUCUUUCUUUCUUUCUCCUUACUCUUUCUUUCUUGCUACUCUUUUUCAUUACUCUUUCUUUCUACUCUUUCUUUCUUUCUUUCUUUCUCCUUACACUUUCUUUCUUGCUACUCCUUUUCAUUACUCUUUCUUUCUUUCUUUCUUUUUUCUUUCUUUCUUGCUACUCUUUUUCAUUACUCUUUCUUUCUACUCUUUCUUUCUCCUUAAUCUUUCUUUCUUCCUACUCUCUUUCAUUAUUCUUUCUUUCUACUCUUUCUUUCUUUCUUUCUACUUACUCUUUCUUUCUUACUACUCUUUUUCAUUACUCUUUCUUUCUUUCUUUCUUUCUCCUUACUCUUUCUUUCUUUCUACUCUUUAUCAUUAUUCUUUCUUUCUAUUCUUUCUUUAUUUCUUUAUUUCUUUCUUCUUACUCUUUCUUUCUUGCUACUCUUUCUCAUAACUCUUCUUUCUACUGUUUCUUUCUUUCUUUCUACUCUUUAUCAUUACUCUUUCUUUAUACUCUUUCUUUCUUUCUUUCUUUCAUUCUUUCUUUCUUUCUUGCUACUCUUUCUAAUUACUCUUUCUUUCUUCUCUUUCUUUCUUUCUCCUUACUCUUUCUUUCUUGCUACUCUUUACAUUACUCUUUCUUUCUUUCUCUUUCUUUCUUGCUACUCUUUAUCAUUGCUCUUUCUUUCUACUCUUUUCUUUUCUUUCUUUCUUUCUUUCUUUCUUUUUUCAAUCUUUCUUUUUUUUCUUUCUUUCUUUCUACCUUUCCUUUCUUUCUCCCUAUUCUUUCCUUCUUUCUUUCUUUCAACUCUUUCUUUCGCUUUUUUUUCUUUUUGAUUAAUGGCAAUCGGCGUAGAAAGCUGAGAUCAGAGAACCGGGGGGAUGUGCUUCCUAUUUAUCUAUUUUAUCGUACAUCUAUCUAUCUAUAUCUAUCUAUCUAUCUAAUCUAUAUCUAUCUAUUCUAUCUAUCUAUCCAUCUAUCUAUCCCUUUUCUAUCUAUCUAUCUAUCUACAUUUCAAAUAUGUUAUCACGUCGGUACAUUGAAUUAG